AUGCUUGGAACGAGGACAAAACAAGUGACGGCGUAUGGCAGGAGAGGGCAAAGGAUCGUGAGCGUCUCCGACCGGCGCAGCGCAGACUGGGAUGAAGGAAGAGUCUAUAAUAUUGUGCCAGACGCACCAAAGGCCACUCGAUAUAUAGAGCUACACAGUUCUUCAUCCAAGAGUUCUCCCCGAGCGAAACGGGUCCAGAAGACAGCAAAACAGCUCUCUCCCAUGAGCUCGUCGCCUUCGCCUGUGGUUGCUGCGAAGGUGAUCAGGAAGCGGCAAGUCUCCAGGCAAAUUAAGGCUUCACCGAAAGCUGUCACCACAUCCAAAGCAGCCAGUCCUCGACCACCGCUCGCCUCAGUACCCCCGAACUCUCCUGCAUUUUAUGCCGGUACGAAGAAGAAGGCCAGUGUAGCAGGCUCGAAACGGCUUCCCCCGAAGCCUCAGAAGCCUCACUCACCAGCGGUGAACAUGGACAUCAUCGUUUUGGACGGAGUCAGGAUGGUCAGCCAGGAGCGAAGGGUCUCAAGGCCGGACGUAGUGACAAAUCCUAUGAGAAUAGCUAGUCAACCGUUGCCCCGGACUACGUACCGGGCUCCCCAACCCAAGGUUAAGUCCCCUCCCAUUGUCAUCUCUGACAGCGAGGAGGAGGCCGAGGAAAUCCCUCAACUGAAGAAACGCGCAGGAAGGCGGGCCAAACCGACAGUCAUAUCAUCCGACUCCGACGACUCCCCAUCUGAUCUUGACCCGCCGAAACGCUCUAAUCCGCCUCCUACUCAUGCACCCAGCAUGAAACUCAUAUUCGACGAGCCACCGUACCACUUGCCCAAAAGUGCCCCCGCCACCUUCCUAACGCCCGUCCCCCAUGCUUCCAAGACACACAAGCUGACGCCUAUUAGGUACAGGACAGCGGCGUUGUUCCCGCAUGCCGGCUCCCCUCCUUCACCGACGACCCCUUCUGAUUUUGAUCUGUCCCUCGAGCUAUCCGACCUCGCGAUCACGCCGAGCGCCGCAAAGCAAUCCCCACCUCCUCCGGAAUACCUCCGCCCACUCCUUGCAGAAUGCUGUCAGGAUACACCGCACGAAUUCUCAGCAUUCAUCGAGACCUUCCCUUUCGACCCCGUCGUCCGCCCGCUCGACACGCCCACCGGGCCCCCGGUAUCCAGGUACGAAUUCCGCAAGAUCGGGGAGGCGUCGUACUCGGAGGUCUUCGGCAUCGGGGAUGUGGUCUUGAAGAUAAUCCCACUGCGGGACGAAGAGCCACAAGCGCGGAAGUUUAUUCCCGCUGAUGUGGAGACGCCGCCUCCCAGUGAUGCCAAAGACGUGUUGAAGGAGAUCAUCGUGACGAGAGCGAUGGGCGAGAUGUGCGACGGCUUCGUAAAGCUGCUGCGGACGUAUGUCGUACGGGGUCGUUAUCCUUCCCUGUUACUGGAUCUAUGGGAUGACUUCUACGAAACCAAAGGCUCGGAGAGCGUCCGGCCAGAUAAUUUCCCUGUGUCGCAAACGUACGCUAUCAUCGUCCUGCCGAACGGUGGACCGGAUCUCGAGUCGUACACAUUCACGUCCGCCAGCAAGAACGGAUGGCGUCAAGCCUGCAGCGUGUUCUGGCAGGUCACGAGGGCCCUAGCCGAAGCGGAAGACCUAGUCUCAUUCGAGCAUCGCGAUCUACACUGGGGCCAGAUCCUGGUGAAGAAUACAUCAGUCGGACCGAUGCGCAAAGCCCCCCGGUCCAAGGUUUUGAUGGAUAGCCCGGGCCAUGGUGUCAUGGCCACUGUCAUCGACCUUGGUCUUGCGCGCAUGGACGCGGGCGACGACGAGGGUGUCCAGACUCAUUGGACACCGUUUGAUGAAGAGAUUUUCGAAGGCACAGGCGAUUAUCAGUUCGACAUAUACAGAAUGAUGCGCCAGCAUAUAGGCAAGUCGUGGUCGGCUUUCCGACCCCUAACCAACGUCAUGUGGCUGCACUACCUGACACUCAAACUGCUCCAUUCCAAACGGCUGAAGCCUCCACCCGUCUCGCGUAAGACGUCAACCAUCUCCGAGCAUACCUUCACCGAACGAGAAUGCUACGAGUGCCUUGUUGAAGUGGAAAAACUGCUCGCUGCCGUCGUGUCACCCUUUCUGAAGCCUAAUGCGGGUCAGACGCAAGAGAAGUUCUGCGGUACGCCAUGGGAAGAGGCUGGUUAA